GGCCCUCUCACAUGGCCUCGAUGCAGGACGGCGUGAACUUCACCGCUCCUCCCUACGGCAAGGUGCUGCUGUUGGGGGCCAUUGCCGCCGCCUCCGCCUUCGUGGUCACCAUCCUCAUCGUGCUGCUCUGUGUGGGCUGCCAGAGGAAAGGGAAGUCCAACAAUGUCCCCGCGGAAGGGACGAAGCACAGGAUUAUGGACAUGAGUCGGCUCCGCCAGUCGAAGCUGCGGUCCAUCAGCAAGUCCGACACCAAGCUUCACCAGAUGAACAAACCCAACUGCAAUGGCAAGAGCGUCUCCAAGAGCCGUCCGGCCAGCAUGGACCUCCUGCUGCUGCCCAGCCGGCGCCGCCGCUCCAACUCGGACCUGCGCUGCCCCACGACCCGCCAGCUGCCCCAGAUCCCGUCGGCCGGAGGCGGCGAGGACCGCGAGCACACGUACUCGGAGGUGGGCCGCCGAGGCUCGCCCACCCGCUGCUGCCCCGAUGACGCGCUCUACGAGAUGGUGGGCGGGCGGGCCGGCGAGACGGACACGCCCGCACCACCGGUGCCUGCCAACACGCCGGCCCCCCACAGCCCGGAGCACGCGGACGGCGCGGACGAGGUGGGCGGCACCAUUGGCGUCGAGGUCCCGGUCAUACCGGCGGCCCCGGUCCCCGGCCCGGACUCCGUGACCGCCGAGUACGCCUGCGUGAGGAAGGUGAGGAAGGCCGACAAGGUGACGCGGAAGGACGGAGUAGCGGAGCUGGGGGACAGGGAGCAGCAGCGUCAUUCGAACACGGACCUGCACCAUGCCCCGCCCCCGCAGCACCACGCCCCGCCCCCGCCACACCCCCACAGCCAAAAGAUCACCAGGAAAAACAUGGAGCCCUUCCACCUUCACUCCUUCCCCAAGGAGGCGGUGUUCAUGGGGAACGGGGAGGAGUACAUAUGGAAGCCCCCCGAGGACGACGACAUCGCCAUGUUCCAGCCCAAGCCCCCGUGCCCCUUGAACCCCCCCAGCGCAGAAGGCGGGGGGCAUCAGGCAUCGGAGGUGUACUCUAAGGUGAGCAAAACCCUGAAGAAGAAGCGACCAACGCCUGGCUCCCCCCCUCCCAACAGAGAUAACAACGGACACAGGACCCUGGCGCGGGAGGGCGCCUCGGCCGGGUUCAGCGUGGUGGUCAAGCCCCAGUCGUGGUCGGGGGGCGCCCAACAGGAAGACCCCUGCUACGAGGCCAUCGGUGAUAAGGUGUGGCCAGCAGGGGGCGGGGCAGCAGAGGAGUCAGACCCCGCCUAUGAGGCCGUUGACGCUGCUUGGAAACGGGAGCGGCCGCCCAACGCCACGCUCAAGCCCAGGAAGAAGAAGCCGACGCAGCCGCCGCAGCAGCCUCCUCCGCCCGUCAAGGGUCCCACCGCGGAGGUGCUCUACGAGAGCAUCAGCGACGUCCGGCAGGGUCUGCCCACCUCUAGCACCACCACCAUCUUCACCUUCAACGACGGCAUGGAGAUGUACGUCACGGGCCUGUAAGGUCCUUCCCUCCGAGCUCCCGGUCGGCAAUCCGCCUGCGUUGCUCCGCCCCUUCGGAGUGGAAGCAGAGCGCAGAGUGAGUGCAGCACUCAACUAGGGGGCGUUCGCUGGAGAGACUCGAACCGCUUCCCUGCCCUCUACGAGACCGUCUGACUGGUUAGGAACCCGAAUGAAAACGUGAUGCUGUGUAGUACAUGUCCUCUUCCAUUUCUGCCUGUUGCACAAUGACUCGCCCUCGUUACCCAUGUUUACCGUACUUCGGAAAGGUCGGCAGGUGCAGAGCCGCAGCACCCGGAUCUUUGAGCUUCGAGCUGUCUUUCCAACACCAAUGGUCACUGGUGAUCAGGAGAAGCCCAGGUGCUCCAGUGUGGUCAAGACCGCUGUAGCAGGACUCUCCUACCUGUGGCGCCCAGCCCACCGACCCCACCCACACACACGCGCGCGCUCGCACACACACACACACACACACACAGAGUUUAUGCACAAUCCACCUCUUGACCGUACAGAAACGUAAGCACAAACUGCAACAUUAACCUUCCUUUAAAUACGGCAAAUUCCAGUGCAAUUUGGAGCAGGUGGAAAACCGCAGUUGGGCUAUUUAGUAACGUGUAACUGAUUAAUUAUUACCGAAUGCAUCUUACUUAUUUCCCUAAACGUGAACUCCAAGAAGGAGCUCCUUCCAGCUGGAGACUGCACUUUAAAAGACUCUGUGUGGGAGUUACACACUCGAGUGAGAAGGGGCCCCGUUGAUCGAAUCCAAAGCAUAACACGUUUCCUGGCGGAGCUCGAAGGAACGUCAGCCCCAGAAAUGAAGGCUCCUUCCAACGCGGGGGUAUCUGGAUGCACCAGGAGGUACUGCGACAAUAAGGCAUUCCCGGAGCCCAGUCCCCCCCCCCAGCCAGCACCCCGACUGCCCCCACCAUGUCCGCACCCCCCUCUCGGGCUCCGAGCAUCGCUGUUUCCGAGGUGUCCACCAUUUGAGGAAAGCGGAAGAGCGCGGGGAAUCUUCCGGAAGCUUGCCACGACCCAGCGAGCGUAGAGAAACACCGUGUGGACGACGACAGAAGGAAGAAGGAAGCGGAACAAAGUGUGAGAAGGAAGCAGCUCAGGGAAAGGAGAGAAUACGCCACUGAGAACAGCCGAUACGUUAACAGUUACCUUCUUCCGAGAUGCAAAAGGAAACUCUGCGAAAGACACAAUGUUGCUGUAUAGAAACCGGCCGUGUGCCCCGUCACCCGGGGGCCGCGGAUGCACUGUAUCUUUUCUCUUGAUCCAUCACGAUUUUUCUUUGAGCGCAGCCCUGAAGGGCGGAGACUCCGCCACGCACACGCUCGCCCGCCGCCGUUUGUGCGUGUGUGUUUCGUUUAUGCCGCCGUUGCGGCCUGCAUGCUUCGAGGUGCAUGCCUUUAGGAAUCCUGUAGUGGUACUUGGAAAUGGUUUCUUUGCUGCUGUCGUAACGUUUAUGUUUGUUAUUUCUUGUUUUUCGGUUUCGUUUCUUUGGUUCUUGUCAAAGAGCACAAUGUGACUCCGGAGUGUCGGCGCUCCUGCAUGCCCGAACUCUCCCAUCCGCCGCGACGUCUUUGCAGGCCCGUGUGGAAGGCGUGCCUGUUUGGCUGGGACCACCACCCGCCAACGUGGGAAACUCGUUUCCUGCAGAACCUCUGCGGGAUGGUGCCCCCUUGUGGCCGGGAGGCGCGAGGAGCCCUACAGGCCGCAGGAGUGACGCCGUCUCCGGCUGACCGCCAUUCUGACGGUCCUUUGCUUCGGGGGACUGGACCGCACUGCCACGCGGUGGAUGACUGCUGUCUCAUGCCUGCAAAAAAAAAAAAAAAAAAACAAGAAAAAAAAAGAGAAAAAGACAGCUACUCCAGUGACAGACUCCAUUGGCGGACGUGAAACGAACUGAAAAGAUCAAAUAUGUUGAGCUGCAUCUUUGAGUUUGGCACAUGUUGUGCUUUAUCUGUCGACCCGAUGUGUGUACAUGUUGCAAAAGAGAAUAAUAACCUUGAUGUUUUCUGAGAAAAAAAAGAAAAAUAACAGAUUUAACUUUUGCUCAUUUUGGUUUGUGUUCGGAAUGACUAUUCGCUCCCAGCUGCGAUGGUUUUGAUGUGAAUUCAGAUCACGUGUCUCAGUUUUCGGUUCUGAUAAAAAUCUGAAGUUAAAAGUCCAACAUGAAUUUUAGUGUGGCAGCUAUAUUGUAUGUUUGCCUAACAAUUACAGGGUUGUGUGUUAUCAAGUG